AUGAUUCAAUUUUUCUCAAAACUUUUCCAAAGCGUGUCAACAACUACGAGUGAUUCAUCUACUUCAUCCGAGGACAAAAUGAAUGCAAAUCAUCUUUCAGCAAUGUCUCGUCAUGUAACUCAAAAUCAUGGCACAGAACCAGCAUUCUCGAGUCCAUUAAAUAGCAAUAAAAAAACCGGCUCAUACAAUUGUAUCGUAUGCAAUACUCCGGUCUUUAGUUCAGAACAUAAGUUUGAUAGUGGCACUGGCUGGCCUAGUUUCUAUAGACCAGCGAAAACAGAAAAUAUCGCAUCGAAAACCGAUUACGAAAUUGGCUACCCUCGAACUGAAGUUCAUUGUGCUAAAUGUCAAGCACAUUUCGGUCACGUUUUCAAUGAUGGCCCACAGCCUACCGGUCUUCGUUACUGCAUCAAUGGUGCAGCACUUAAUUUCGUCGCUAAAUGA